CACGGUCACAGCAGCCUGCCAUAUCCAGGCAAGCAAAAAUGGAUGUUACAAGGGGGGUUCCUGUCUGGCUACAAGGGUUUUCAGUGGGGCUUGGCUUUCCAGGCCCCACAACCUGCAAGUGGCGGAGUUCACAAUUGUGAUCAAAGUGCUCAGUGUACGGCGUUGUGGGAUAGUGGUGUUAACUCUUGCGCUAUGGUGUUCUCAGUAGAUACACAAUGACCCGAAGUUGCUUGGGGGAUGUGGGGUUGCAUAAUGGAUGCUUAGGAGAUAAAUUUAAGUGCAGAGACCUGUGCAACUAAGUCAGCUUGCAUUGAUCUAGUGUAGACCCAGCCUGGGAGGGUGUAAUUCUGGUAGGAAGACCUACCUCUAAUAAAGUCACUGAAGUGUUUCCCAAUGUGGCAGAGGUUUGAAUGUCAAGUCUGGGGGGGACUCAGUGUGUGCAACGGACAAAAGCCCCAUCUGAAAUGUCUCCAAUGUCCCUUUCCACCCUGACAGGCUACAGAUCAACAUCCAUGUUUUUCUCCACAUUUCCCCAUCCUCCUAGGGGAAAGGCAAUGGCUGUGGCGGAGGCUGAGGGGCUGGUGACCUUCGAGGAGGUGGCCGUGUAUUUCACCAGGGAAGAGUGGGCUCUGCUGGACUCUGCUCAGAGAGCCCUGUACAGAGCUGUCAUGCAGGAGAACUAUGAGUCUGUGGCCUUGCUGGGGUUUCCAGUUCCCAAACCAGAUGUAAUUUCCUGGCUAGAACGAGGGGAGGACCCAUGGGUCUCAGACCUCCAGAGCUCUGAGGAAAGAGAGAUCCUGAGAAAUGCCUGUACAGCAACUGGUGGGAUGGUGAAUGAGCACAAGGAAAAUAGUCUUCAACAAGAAGAUGCUGAGCAAAUAGAACCACCUGGCACAGUAUUAGAAAGAUCAAAAAGGGAUGUGUCCUGUAGUGGUGCACAGACAGAAGCCUGUCAGAAUCAGCACAGAGCAGAAAAAAAAUUUAGGAGUGGCUCUCACAUUAUUAGACAUGAAAAAAUCAGCCCAGAAGGGACACACUACACCUGCCUUGACUGUGGGAAAACCUUCAAACAUAAUUCAGUCUUUCUCAUACAUCAGCGAACCCACACGGGAGAGAAACCCUACACAUGCCCUGAGUGUGGGAAAGGCUUCAGCAGAAGCUCAAACCUUAUCAUACAUCACAGGAUCCACACCGGAGAGAGACCCUACACUUGCCCUGAGUGUGGGAAAAGCUUCAGCCGGACCUCAGAGCUUAUCAUCCACAGGAGAAUGCACACUGGGGAGAGACCCUACAUUUGCAGUGAGUGUGGGAAAAGCUUUACUCGGAGCUCAGAACUUAAUAAGCACCAGAGAAUCCACACUGGCGAGAGACCCUUCCAAUGCCAUGAGUGCGGGAAAGACUUCACCUAUAGCUCACAGCUUGUCACACAUCGAAGAAUCCACACUGGAGAGAGACCCUAUCCAUGCCCUGAGUGUGGGAAAGGCUUCACUUCUAGCUCACAGCUUGUCUCACAUCGGAGAAUCCACACUGGAGAGAGACCCUACUCAUGCCCUGAGUGUGGGAAAAGCUUCAGUUCUAACUCACAGCUUGUCUCACAUUGGAAAACCCACACAGGAGAGAGAUCUUACUCAUGCCCAGUGUGUGGGAAAAGCUUCAGUCAUAGUUCACAGCUUGCUACACAUCAGCGAACCCACACAGGAGAGAGACCAUACAUAUGCCCUGAGUGUGGGAAAAGCUUCAGCCGAAGCUCAAACCUCAUCACACACCACAGAACCCACACCGGGGAGAGACCCUACGCUUGCCUGGAAUGCGGGAAGAGCUUUAGCCGGAGCUCAGAGCUUAUCAGACAUCACAGAAUCCAUACAGGGGAGAGACCCUACAUAUGUCUUGAAUGUGGGAAAGGCUUCACUCGCAGCUCAGAUCUUAGUAAGCACCAGAGAAUCCACACUGGAGAGAGACCCUACCGAUGCCCUGAGUGUGGGAAAGGUUUUCGCUAUAGCUCACAUCUUGUCUCACAUCGUAGAAUCCACACAGGGGAGAGACCCUACUCAUGCCCUGUGUGUGGGAAGGGCUUCAGUGAUAGUUCACAGAUGAUCACACAUCAGAGAAGCCACACGGGGGAGACACCCUACAUGUGCCCCGAGUGUGGGAAGAGCUUCAGUUGGCACUCAAACCUUAUCACACAUCAGAGAAUCCACACUGGAGAGAGACCUUACACAUGCCCUGAGUGUGGGAAAAGCUUCAGUCGGAGCUCAAACCUUGCCACGCAUCACAGGAUCCACACUGGGGAGAUGCCCUAUGCUUGUCCUGAGUGCGGGAAAAGCUUCAGCCGGAGCUCUGAGCUUAUCAUCCACAGGAGAACCCACACCGGGGAGAGACCCUACGCUUGCUGUGAGUGCGGAAAACGCUUCAUUCGGAGCUCAGAGCUUGUCAUACACCAGAGAAUCCACACUGGAGAAAGACCCUACCGAUGCCCUGAGUGCAGGAAAGGCUUCAGUUCUAGUUCACAGCUUGUCUCGCAUCAGAAAACCCAUAUAGGAGAGUGACACUAUAAUUGUGUUCAGUGGGGCUGCCCCAAGGUGUUUUUUUUAAUGCAUUGGCUAAUUCCCAUAUAGCAGUCUUUAAGGGUUUUUUUGCACCAUUUCCUUUAAUGUAGUCUCAGGUUCCCUGGGUGAGUUGCCGCCUUUUGCUGCUUACCUUACUCUGGAGUGAGUCUUGUGAUCCUUUCUAUCUACGGGUAUGUCUACACUACAAAGUUAAUGCGAACUAACAGACGUUAGUUCGCAUUAACUUUGAUAGGCGCUACACAUGCAAACCGC